CAUUCUCAACGUAACAGACGAACGGAACAAAAUAAAAUACAAAAAAAUAAAUUUAGUUUCACAAUAUAUUUUUUCGAUAUGUCUUACAGCACCGCCUUAUCGAUGGCACAGAGCCUGAUCUCCAAUAUACAGAUCGUCGGACAGGCCCACCUGGCAACUCAAAUACCGAAGAUAGAUGCUGCCUACCGCCUGGUGGGACCUGCACUCAAGAGCACCGCUGGAAAGAUAUUGAUUUCAUUCGUCGUCGGCUACUAUGCAACCAAGAAGCUCUCACUGAUUUGCAACAAAAUGCUGGGACGCAAGCCAGUUGAGGAAGAAUCGGCCGUUUUACUCACGCCUCUGCAACUCACCUUGGAACAGUUGUCCACAUUUAAUGGACAAGAUAAUAAGCCAACUUACACGGCUUUGCAUGGCGCGAUUUACGAUCUGACAUCGUGCAUGAUGCGCCAGGAUGAUGCAAUUUUCCAUCUCAUUGCUGGUUGCAAUGCUGAUCCAAUACUUUCUAAGGCAUACGAAGCCAUUGGAAUCAGUGACGUAUACCCCAUGCAGCGUUGGGAAAUGUUGAUUGAGGCAGAGUGCCCAAUCGUUGGUCACUUGAUUGAAAAUAUGGAUUUGAAUGCAGUUAAUUCCCUUCAGAGUGACACCGACGACGGGUCAACCGUCGAUUUUGGUUACAACCAAGUUGACUAAUUUUCAUUCCAUCUUAAUUUCCUUAAAAUGUUCUUCUGUUACAAAGUUUAAUGUAUUCAAUUUUAUAAUAUAUUUUGGUAUUAACUCAAA